AUGAUGCGCGGUGUAGGCUCGUCUCGUAAAGGUGUCCUCGAUGGUGCGAUGAGAGUGCGCAGAAUCCGGGGUAACGAUUGCAGGCAGGAGAGCACCGGAGGCGGCCAUAGCACGCAGGCGACAGAUUGGUGGCUAAAUGACAUGUACCUGUCCAUCCCACUGGCUCUGCCGAUCAACAGCAACCCCGGCGUGGCCGCGAAGCCGAAGAGAUUUGCAAACCAGCAGGAAGCUGCGGUAUUUCUCGCGCGAUUUCUCUCCGAGCUGCUUAAUUAUCAGGAAUUACUCGACAGAUCCGGAUUGGAAGUUGAACGUGUGAAGUCCAAGGACGGUAAAACCAUGCAACCGCUUUGCAUGGCGCAGCAUUAUCAAAUGUUUCGGAUUUAUCGACGACCCGGUGUGAACGUCGACGAGCAAAUUAUCCUGGAUAGAGCGUCCUCCGGCGACCAUAUUAUUGUCGCGCAUCAUAAUCAGUUUUAUAGUGUGCCGGUAAGAGCGUCCGAUCGAGGUCGCAUCACCGAAGUCGAAUUGGUCCAACAAUUAUUAAAGAUCAUGGAAACUAAGGCCGAUCCCAGAACACCGCCCGUUGGAAUUCUCACGACCGCGAAACGACCAGCCUGGGCGAAGGCGCGGGAGGAGCUGAUAAAAAACGAGCGCAAUCGUCACAAUCUGGAGCUGUUGGAGCGCUGUCUAUGCGUCGUUUGCAUCGACGACGAUGUGCUGCCAACCACGUUUAACAAUCCCAUGAAGAAGGAGGACCGAUGGAUUGGCGAUCGAGAUUACGCGAACGUGCUUCAUCACGCUCUUCACGGCGGAGGGUCCCGACACUUGGGCGCGAAUCGUUGGUUCGACAAGACCUUCCACGCUAUUCUCGGCAAGGAUGGAAUGUGGGGAUUAACGUACGAGCAUUCCGCUGGUGAGGCACCAGCCAUCUUCAAAGCUUUCGAGGACUUGACCGAGAAAGUGGACUCUAUGUCACCACCGGAUGAGAAUCUAGUACCCUCGCAUCUUCCGGCGCCCGAGAAACUGGAAUGGUGCCUCACCGAGCAAAGUCUGAACGACAUCAGAGAAGCUAUGAUAAACUUUGAUGCACUGGUUGAAGAUUUGGAUCUUUGUAUUUUGUGGUUCGAAGAUUAUUCCAAAGACUUCAUAAAAUCAUGCAGAGUUAGUCCCGAUGCGUAUAUACAAUUGGCGCUUCAGCUGACGUAUUUCAGACUCCAUGGGAAAUUAGUGGCCACUUACGAGAGCGCUGGCAUCCGAAGGUUCGCGUUAGGUCGAGUGGACUGCAUCCGGGCAGCCAGUCCGGAAGCUCUCGCGUGGGCGAAGGCCAUGUGUCAGGGUGAUCCUCACGGUCAAACGAUGUAA